UGACACACACAAGGAGACACACACACACACACACACACGCGCGCGCACACAUACAUACUCAGGAGGACAAGUAGACUUGAAACAGAGAAGGAGGGAGAAGGUGGAGUCCCCUGCGAGCAGGCUGAGGUCCCCCUGCCUGGCUCGUCAUCUGGGGAACCGGGAGAGGGGGCGACCGAAAACGGUCGUGAGAAAAGAAAAAAGGGAAAAGGAGCAGUAAACAAAAGAAAGAAACAAAAGAAAGGAAUAGUGUGACCAACCGAGCGGAGAGAGGAAACCUCCCAGGCGGAAGCCUCCAGCAUUCUGGGCAAGGGGACACCCCCCCCCCCCCCCCACCCUUUGGCAGAAACGGAGAGAGGGAGAGUCGGGGCACGUUCCCCCCUCUCCUUCUCGACCCUGGACGCUGACAGGCUGGCCGCUGGCACAGCCAUGGCGUUCACCUUCGCGGCCUUCUGCUACAUGCUAACGCUCGUGCUCUGCGCCGCGCUCAUCUUCUUCGUCAUCUGGCAGAUCAUUGCCUUCGACGAGCUCCGUACAGAUUUCAAGAACCCCAUCGACCAGAGCAACCCAACCAGAGCAAGGGAGCGAAUCCUGAAUAUAGAGAGAAUCUGCAACCUGCUGAGGAGGUUGGUGGUUCCAGAAUAUUCCAUUCACGGUCUGUUCUGCUUGAUGUUCAUGUGCGCUGGCGAGUGGGUCACCCUGGGUCUGAACAUCCCCCUGCUCUUCUACCAUCUCUGGAGGUUUUUCCACCGGCCGGCUGAUGGUUCAGAGGUGAUGUACGACCCUGUGAGUGUUAUGAACGCAGACAUCCUAAACUACUGCCAAAAAGAGUCCUGGUGUAAGCUGGGCUUCUACCUUCUCUCUUUCUUCUACUAUCUUUACAGUGUUUUUAUCCUUUCACUCUUUUUUUAGUAUGGUCGACGCUUUGGUGAGCUUCUAAAACCGAAAGCUGAGUUAAAACUAGAACCACAAAAACAAAAACGACAACGACAACAACAACAACAACCACAGUAAGAAUAAAAACAACAACACCAACAAGACCAACAGCACCAAGGAUGACCGCAACAACAACUCAACACCGGAGGACAAUUAAUACCACAGGUUUUGGAGCAAUGCUGUGCACACCUCUUCUUCAACUAUCCAUCGCACCAUCAGAAAACUCUUGUUCAACUCCUCCUCAGAUCUCUCCUGUGGACAUGGACUGAAAGAAAGUGAAGCAACAUAAAUCAAUGGGGGAAAAAAACAAUCAUUGUGAGAGCAAAGAAAUGAAGAAGUCUUUGCUAAGCUAGCUCAGACACUGCCAUUGAAUGACUUGAGAGAGUGAGAGAUGGAGAUAGAGUUGAAGAGAAAGAGAAAGAGGAAGAGAAAAGAGAGAUGGAGGGAUGAAAGGAGAUGGAGGAGGAGGAGGCAGCGCGUUUUGUAACACAGUUUCACUUUUUAAGGGCUGCUGGACCUGUGCUGCUCAGAACCACUUUCACAGACUGAGUCGAGGCACAAGUGUGAACUGCAAAAAUAUCCUGUUACAUAAAACUUAAUAUCGAUGUUACGUUUCAGUAUACUUCUGUUCAACUCCAUGCUAUGUUAAAAGAAGAAAACAUUUGUGAGAUGCACAAUCCUUAUUUAGUUGAGAUACUGUAAUACUCAUAUACUAUUUCAAUAGUUGUGGUAGAUUCUUUGAACCCUGAUGAUAUUGGUAGGUAGCUGUAUUUAAAUACUGAUGACAUUGUUUAACUGUAGAGUUUUGAUCAGAAGUGGUACUACUUGUGCUCUUUUAGACAAAGAAAACUGCAUAAACAAUAUCUUACUACUUCAGAAUACAGGAGAGAUAUGUUUACAUUUAAUUCCAUGGCUAUUAAGCAAUGAGGGUAAAGCAAGGCCGGGAAAACUGUUGGAUGAUAAGCAGUGUGGUGUGUUUCUGAUAUCACAGACUAAGAGGAUUUGACUGAGUGUGUCUACACCAGUGUAGAGCUUUCUCGCGGAGUCUAUGGAAUUCGGCAGGCGGUCACUUUAACACUGUGUGGAAGCCGGGCGAUACCUGUGAGAGUGAGGUUGAAUUUGAGAUUGAGGGCAAGCUCUCGCUACCCCCUCGAGGAGAGCAUGCCAAUUUGACCUACCCCCGUCCGAGCUCAAGAGUUCAGUAGUGUGUGACAGAUAAAGAGGUACACGUUCGCCGGAGAAGGAAUUAAAUUCAUCCUGAGCGAGCAAGGCCACUGGUGAGGGGGGGAUGCUGAAGACGGUGUUCUGAGUGCUACAGAAAAGGUCUUAAAAGGCACUGAUACAAGAGCUGAGUCUGGGGAGACAACACAGGGCCAUGGCCACAGUGUGCGCCUGAUAAAAACAGAAGCUUCCAGAAGCAUGACAGAGUAGCCUAAGCAGUGAGUGAGCCCCCUAUGGCGUCAAAUGGACAGAGCUGCCUAUAUAUACCCCUGGGUGACUCUUGCAGCCAGAAUGUCGGCCGUCACAUUAUACCAACCUAUAGGCUUUGCCUUAGGCCUUGUACUAGCUCCCUUGCCACCAUUACAGUCAGUCCAUAUGUCCAUUUGUCUGCUCCUCUAGGUAGAUCACCACUGCUGGCACUCUGUGGUUUAAAAAAAAAAAAAAAGUAUUUAAAAAUGUAGAAAUUAAUUUCAUUAUUUCAGCUGCUCCGAUUUGUUCUUAUACAGUGAUUCCAACAUGCCCGACGAAUGAGCUUGUUUAGUCUAUUUUUAAAAAUCAUAUAUUUAUUAAUUUCCCUAUUUAUUAUUUGUGCUGUGUUGCCUCUGAUGAGAAUGAAGCAUGCCUCCUAAUUUGAGAGACUGACACCCUUGAACUAUUUCAAUGAGCCUUUGUGACGACUCAUGGACAAGCACAAGAUAAGGGUAGAGGGGGGAGGACAAUGGAGCCGAGGCGCCAUUUUUUGGGCAUCAUUCCUGAAUGUCAUAUUUAUAUGAAGAAAAUGCAGUAUCUAUAUUUAAAGAAAGCCAACUUGUAUCUGUCUUUUAUACAUACAUUCAUCACUGUAUGCUACAGUAUCUUUGUCGACGCGCUAGUUUGUAUUCAAUAGAAUACAGUAUACUAUAUACAGAAAAGCAAUUCCACAUUUCGACAAUAAAACAAUGAUGUGGCAACAA